GAGAGCCAAUUCGAGGCAACUGAUACGUCGUCGUUUUACCCACGGCAGCCGAAUCACCGGAGCAGCCAUGGGAGAAAAUACCCACGUAAGCGUAAGAAUAGUUCCAGCAUCGCCGGAGAUUGACCGGGAUCAGCCCAUUCCACCUUCAGCCCCGUCCCCCAAUUUCUAUUUUCCAGCCUCACCGGCCACCCGGCCAGACGGUACCCCUCUCUACGGCGGCCCGACGCAGAGUCCCGUCCCGCUUAUCACCGUCACGGCCAGCGACGACAGUGCGUUCGUAGCAGAAAAAUUGGGCGGAAAUCUGAAUGGGCCAAGUGAGCAUGGGCCAGAGUCAUGGCUACCCAUCACCCAGUCCAGGAAAGGGAACACCAUGAAAGCUGUCUUCCAUAUUGUAUCUUCUGGGAUUGGAGCUCAAGGCCUCUUGCUUCCCCUUGCAUUCGCCUCUCUCGGAUGGGGUUGGGGAGUGGUAUGCUUGGCAAUAGCGUUUGCGUGGCAGCUUUACACCAUAUGGCUUUUGGUGGGACUACAUGAGAGCCCAUAUGGGCCCCGCUACAGCAGAUUCCUCCAACUCUCUAUUGUCGCCUUUGGUAAAAAGCUAGGGAAGCUCCUAGCCAUAUUCCCGGUGAUGUACCUCUCGGGCGGAAGCUCCGCGAUGACGGUCAUCACCGGGGGCGGGAUCAUGGACCUCUUCUUCCAAGCCGUAUGUGGCGAUGACGCGGCCUCCUGCGGCGGACGGCUGGGAGGCGUCGAGCGGUUUCUAGUCUUCGCAUGCGCCGCCUUUCUUCUGGCCCAGUUUCUUCCCAACCUGAACGCGGCGGCCAGGGUGUCAGCGGUGGGCGCGGUGACUGCCGUGGCUUACUACACGCUGACGUGGGCGUUGUUCCUCCAUAGGGGUCGUGACGUGGAUGGGUCACGGAGUCAUGCGUCCGAGGUGGAAAAAUCUAACGUGGCCAAGGUUGGUGACGUGGCCAACGCACUUGGGAUUAUUGCUCUUUGUUUUAGGGGCCACAACGUUGUUCUUGAGAUACAGGGAACUCUGCCUUCAGAUGCAAAACGAAAAUCCCAUAAGCCAAUGUGGAGAGCAGUGUUGAUAUCAUAUACAAUCGUAGCUAUGUGUUUGUUUCCUUUUGCAAUUGUGGGACACUGGGCCUAUGGAGACAUGAUACCAACAAGUGGGAUUCCCACAAGCGGUGGGUUGCUGAGCUUCUUCCUACAACUCCAACAUAAUACAAAAAAGUCUGUGAUGGCCGCCAUAAUAGUACUACUCGUACUUAUGAAUAACCUAACUUCAAUCCAGAUCUAUGCCAUGGUAGUGUUUGACAACUUGGAGUUCAGGUACAUUAGCAAGAAGAAGCGACCAUGCCCAUGGUGGCUCCGCCGUGCUUUUCGAGCUCUCUUUGGAGGGCUCGCCUUCUUCGUGGCAGUGGCUUUCCCAUUUUUAGGUAGCCUAGCUCCUCUAAUAGGAGGCAUUGUCUUACCAUUGACAUUUGUUUACCCAUGUUUCAUGUGGAAUUCAAUGAAGAGGCCAAGGGAUCAUAAUAACAAGGGCAUGUGGGCUCUAAACUUGGGUCUGGGUUUGUUCGGAAUUAUACUAAGCAUUAUGUUGGUUGCUGCAACUGCAUGGAACAUAAGUGACAAAGGCAUACACGCCAACUUCUUCAAGCCCUGAUAAUGUAAUAAUCUAGUAGAUGACAUACUUACAAAAAGGUCACACUUUAUAUUUCGAGCUCACGAAUAUUCCAGGAGUGUCUUUUGACUCAUGUCCCAAACAGAUGCAAGGUGCUUCGGACCCACACAGGCGUAGGUCAAGGUCUACCAUGUUUGUUCGGGACACAGUUGAAAAUACACGCACCUGAGAUAUUUGAUAUUUCCUCAAAACUGCAAUUAUAACAAGAAGAUCAAAUCAUAAAGAAUGAAGUUUUGUGAUUUUUUUCUUCUUUCAACUUGGUUUCUAAUUUUUAAUUAUAUUUGUUUUUAGAGAGGGCAAAGGUUAGAUCCAAAAAAUCUUGUUGAUUGUAACAAAAUAUAAUUAUUUGAUAAUAGAUUUGUGAAAUAAUUGGAGG